AUGUCCAACCCCAAAGACAAAGAAGAACCACCACCGAAUCCACCCACCCUAACAACAUCCACCACAACCUCCGAAAAAGACCUAACAACCGCCCUAACCCUAAUAUCAACCUCCAUCGCCGAACAACGCCAAACAACCAGCCGCGCCCUACUCCACAGCACCCCCUUCCUCACCACCGUGCUGGGUCUCAUAAUCCUACUCGCCCUCGCCACAGAAUACUACCAACUAGACCGCGUCUCGACCGCGUUCACAGGCCUCGCUACCAUCGCCGCCGCGCUGAAGAGCGUCGAGUUGAUUACGGCGGGGUAUCUUGAUGCGGCGGGUGAUAUUGGGUGGAGGUGGUUAUAUGGGGGAGAUGAGAACGGAGACGAAGGGCACCAGGGGGGAAGACAGAGACGCAGACAGGAAGGAAAUGGACAUAAUCUUCAUGAGUCGAUGGAAAGACUCCAUCGUCGGAACGCUUAUAUUGCGUGUCUACCCUGCACCAUCAUCAACGCCAACAACUAA